AUGUCUCUUGCAAAUGCAGCUGCGGAGUACAUGCUCUCCGAUGCCCUGCUGCCUGACCGCAGGGGUCCCCGCCUCAAAGGCCUGCGCCUGGAACUGCCCCUGGACCGGAUGGUCAAGUUUGUAGCUGUGGGCUCCCCGUUGUUGCUGAUGUCUUUGGCAUUCGCCCAGGAGUUCUCCUCUGGGUCUCCGAUCAGCUGCUUCUCUCCCAGCAACUUCAGCGUCCGGCAGGCUGCCUACGUGGACAGCUCCUGCUGGGACUCACUGGUCCACCAUGAGCAGGAUGAGCCUGGCCAGUACAAGAUGAAAUCUCUCUGGCCCCACAAGGCACUCCCCUACUCCCUGCUGGCCUUGGCCAUGGUCAUGUACCUGCCAGUUCUGCUGUGGCAGUAUGCAGCCGUGCCAGCCCUCAGCUCAGAUCUGCUGUUCAUCAUCAGUGAACUGGACAAAUCCUAUAACCGCUCCAUCCGCCUGGUGCAACACAUGUUGAAGAUCCAGCAGAAGAGCUCCGACCCCCAUGUGUUUUGGGAUGAGCUGGAGAAGGCUCGGAAAGAACGGUACUUUGAAUUCCCUUUGCUAGAGCGGUACCUGGCAUGUAAGCAGCGCUCACAUUCACUAGUGGCUACCUACCUCCUGAGGAACUCCCUCUUGCUCCUCUUCACCUCAGCCACCUACCUGUACCUUGGCCACUUCCAUCUGGAUGUCUUCUUCCAAGAAGAAUUCAGCUGCUCCAUCAAGACAAAGCUGCUAAGCGAUGAGACCCAUGUCCCUGAUCUGAUCACAUGUAGGCUGACCUCCCUGUCUGUUUUUCAGAUUGUUAGCCUCUCCAGUGUGGCAAUAUACACCCUUCUGGUUCCAGUGAUAGUCUACAACCUCACACGGCUAUGUCAGUGGGACAAACGACUCCUAUCCGUCUAUGAGAUGCUUCCAGCUUUUGAUCUCCUCAGCAGAAAGAUGCUGGGAUGCCCCAUCAAUGACCUCAAUGUGAUCCUUCUUUUUCUCCGAGCUAACAUCUCUGAGCUCAUCUCUUUUAGCUGGCUGAGUGUCUUAUGUGUGUUGAAGGACACAACCAGCCAGAAGCACAACAUUGACACAGUGGUCGAUUUCAUGACUUUACUGGCUGGCUUAGAACCCUCAAAACCUAAACACCUCACCCAUCAGGUAUGUGGUGAACACCCAUAGUUAAGAAACCAUGGAGCAAGAAAUUCUGUGAAAAAAAAGUCUCUCCGCUUCCUCACAAGCCACAACUACUAAAACAACAACAACAAAAAAAUACACACUUUAGAACUGCUAAGCUUGGAUUCAGCUGAAUCAUCUAUCCUAUAUCAUGUUAUCCUAAAGGUGAGAAGCUGUAAUAAAGACAUGGAAGUAAAAUGUUAAAGCUGGAGCUGAAGAGCCAAAGAACUAAAAAUUAGGCCUAGAGCAUUCUAUGAGGAUAGGAUAAACAAACAAAUAAAUAGAAAUAAAGUCUAGACAUUCUACAACGAAAGAAGACUCUAAAGGCUAUUUAUUAAGGCACAUUCUUCUCACUACAUUCAUUCCAUCACCCUCUAGGAUAUACACUCAGCUUACCCCAAAGAGCAAGUGAGGCAAUCUGUUAAGAGAUUAAUAAAGAUGUGGAACUCCUGGAAA